GCGACUAUUUGUUUACAGGAUAGUGUGCAGAUCCGGUACCAUCGCGUUCGCAACGCAGAUCUUAGGCGCGGAGAUGCAGCUCUCAUUUCUGGAAAUACCCCAGUACAAAUACAUACUAUAAAGGUAUACAUCUGGGACGAAAUACGUGUCUAAACUCAGCCUGCAUCAAAACCCCUAGAAAGGCAAAAGUAUUAUCAUGCAUUGGUCACGGAUGAAAUGCUUAACCACGACCCUCCUCCUGAUCUUCACCCUCCCCCUUCUCGCCCAAGCAAAAUGGAGCAUCCCCCCAUCCUACGCCCUCUACGCCUCCCCUAACGGCCACUACUUUCAGACCCUCGAAGGAAAACCCUUCUUCUGGCAGUCCGACACUGCCUGGCUCUUCAUCAACCGCCUCAACUAUACCGAAGCCACUUCCUAUCUCUCCGACCGCGCCGCAAAAGGCUUCAACAUCAUCCAAGCCUGCGGCGCGCACUGCAACGGGCCGGACCAGGCUGACCGCGCGGGGAACCUUGCGUUCAUUGACAGCGACGUAAGACGCCCAAAUGAGGCGUAUUGGGCGUACGUGGACUCGAUACUCGAGCUCGCGUGGGAGGAGUACGGGAUCAGGAUUGUGAUGCAUCCAGCGUGGGGCGGGUAUGUGCAUAACGACCGGGGUGUACCGGGUUUUUUGAACGCGAGCACGGCAAGGGUGCUUGGGGAGUUUGUGGGAAAACGGUAUCCGUAUGUGCCGAAGGUGUUGUUUGGGGAUACGAAUCCGUGGUGGAAAAACAAGACUGCCGUGAGCACGGAUUAUGCGUACGGAGGCGCGUUGUCGGCACGGUUGCCGGGAGAUUAUGCCGUGAUUGAUUUCUCGAGCGUGUAUACUGCGCUUGCGGAGGGGAUUGUGAAGGGGGAGGAGGAGGUGGUGCGGAAUAGGAGUUAUGGGGAAGGGGGUGGGGAGAGGAGAUAUGUCCCGAUGAUCUCCAUGCAUCCCACGAACCAGUGGUUUGCGGGCGGUCCGUUGGCGCUUGCGAGUAGUUUCUUUGGGGAGAGCGAGUGGCUAACGUUCGAUCUCAGUCAGUCUGGGCACUCUGACCACCCGCCGAACCCGCCGAUUCCUUGGUGGUCGUGUCGUCGGGGAUGGGAGCCGGCGGAGCUGAUGUGGAGUGUGGGAGAGAGCACGCCGGGCAAGAGGAGACCUGCAAUUGAGAACGAGCCGCACUAUGAGUGGCGAUUUAACAAUGGAAAGUCUGGAAAGGCUAGCGGGAUGUAUUGGAACGCGAGUGAUGUGCGCAUAGGAACUUGGCAGACGGUAGGAAUCGAUUCUGCGGCCGUGAUGGUGGAUGGCGAAUGCUGAAUUUGAACAGGUCUUCGCAGGCAUGGCUGGCCUCACUUACGGAGCUAACACGAUCUGGCAGAUGGCAAUUCCAGAUCUAUUCCCAGCGGAUGAGAGCGGACCGCAAAUUCC